UGAACAUUCCAGCAUCAUUCAUUCAAUAUGGCUGCGAGCAACGGGGGUGAUAUGCCAGGGUCUUCCAAGCCCACCAUCACUGGGGGAAAGCAGCUCUCCGGUGCCUCCGCUGAACUGGUAGUGGCUGGUUUUCAACGACUUCGCCAGGAGCAACGUAGCUUGGCUACAAAAGCAGCAGAACUGGAGAUAGAAGUCAAUGAACACAGUCUUGUUAUUGAUGCUCUUGAGGAGGCAGAUCCAGGCCGCAAGUGCUACCGGUUGAUUGGGGGUGUACUUGUGGAGAGAAGUGUACAGGACAUCCUCCCUUCCCUUCUUUGCAAUAGAGAACAGCUCACCAAAAUAGUGGAAUCUCUCAACACUCAGAUGCAAGCGAAAGGGAAGGAGCUGAAUAACUAUCGUGAGCGCUACAGCAUCCGGAUAGCUGGAGAGGAAGGGGCCACAACACACAAGACAACAGCCAGUGGAGACAGAGCAGAAUGCGUGAUUGGACGCAGGCGUGAGCAACGUCAGUGGAAGGCAUAUCACGGCUAGGUUUGGCAACCAGUAGCCCAUCACACAGCCCCCAAGGAAUGGGAGUGUGCCAUGAGGACUGCAUUGGAGUCUUCUUCUGCAGUAAGAAUAGCACACAAACACAAAGGACAAUGACAACAAAGGAAAAUGAAUAAAAUGCUGCACCCCCAA